GCUCCGGGUUUCAAUAAUGCAAUAAGUAAAUAAAAUUAAGAAAGGUGAACUUUGGUACGAAACCGGGCCAAGUCUUGCAUCAGGCAGUUCUGCAACGUGGCCAUAGCAAAGUCCCGGAGACGCUGCAAGCCUUGUUCAACAUGGCUCCAACAAGCCACGGACCCGCCGCAGCAGCAGCAGCAGCAGGAUGCAGAUGCCAACUUGAGGUGGAGCUUCGAGCAAUACUGCAGCAAAGGAUUAUGAUCCUGGAUGGGGCCAUGGGAACCAUGAUUCAGCAGCAGAAUUUAAAGGAAGAAGAUUUUCGGGGAGAAGAGUUUAAGGAUCAUCCCCUUCCACUGAAGGGCAACAAUGACUUGCUCAGCAUCACACAGCCAGAUGUCAUUUACCAAAUACACAAGGAGUACCUGCUUGCUGGGGCUGACAUCAUAGAAACCAACACAUUCAAUAGCACCAGAAUUGCCCAAGCUGACUAUGGACUGGAACACAUGAUUUUGCAGGCAUACCGACUCAACAGGACAUCAGCAGAGCUUGCAAGAAGAGCAGCUAAUGAUGUCACCAAACAGACAGGUUGUAAACGCUACGUGGCAGGGGCAGUGGGUCCUACCAAUAAAACACUCUCUGUGUCACCCUCUGUGGAGAGACCCGACUACAGAAACAUCACAUUCGAUGAGCUUGUUGAUGCCUAUUCAGAGCAAGUCAGCGGCUUGACAGACGGGGGAGCCGACAUUCUGCUGGUGGAGACCAUUUUUGACACUGCCAACGCCAAGGCAGCUCUGGUUGCCAUCGACCAAUUCAUUGAAAAAAGCUGUGAACCAAAACCUUUAUUUAUCUCAGGGACCGUCAUUGACAGAAGUGGCCGAACGCUCUCAGGACAGACAGGGGAAGCCUUUGUUGUCAGUGUAUCACAUGCAAAACCCCUAUGCAUUGGUUUGAACUGCGCACUGGGUGCAACAGAGAUGAGGCCAUUCAUAGAAGCCUUAGGAAAGAGCAGCACAGCUUUCAUACUGUGUUACCCUAAUGCAGGUCUUCCCAACACGUUUGGUGGUUAUGACGAGACACCAGAAGUAAUGGCCUCAAGUUUAAAGGAGUUUGCCAUUGAUGGGCUGGUGAAUAUUGUAGGAGGCUGUUGUGGGACCACUCCUGGACACAUCAUGGCCUUAGAAAAGGCAGUGAAGCUAUGCCAGCCGAGGGUGCCCCCAACUGACAUUUUUCAAGACCACUUGUUGCUCUCAGGUCUAGAGCCGUUCCGGAUUGGCCCCUACACCAACUUUGUCAAUAUUGGUGAGCGCUGCAAUGUGUCAGGAUCACAGAAGUUUGCCAAACUGAUCAUGGCAGGAAACUAUGAGGAUGCUUUAAGUAUAGCUAAGGCCCAGGUAGAGAUGGGUGCCCAGAUUCUGGACAUAAAUAUGGAUGAUGGGAUGCUAGAUGGCCAGACAGCCAUUGCUAGGUUCUGUAAUUUCAUCGCUUCUGAGCCUGACAUUGCACGGCUUCCCUUGUGUAUUGACUCCUCUAAUUUCCUGGUAAUCGAGGCAGGGUUGAAAUGUUGUCAGGGGAAGUGCAUCGUAAACAGCAUCAGUCUGAAGGAGGGUGAGGAGGAGUUCCUGAUCAGAGCCAACAUAGUGAGGCGCUAUGGGGCAGCAGUGGUGAUCAUGGCCUUUGAUGAAGAAGGACAGGCAACAGGCACAGAGCGCAAGGUCGAGAUCUGCACUCGAGCAUACAACCUGCUCGUGAACAAAGUGGGAUUCGACCCCAAUGACAUCAUAUUUGACCCCAACAUCCUCACCAUUGGCACAGGCAUGGAAGAACACAGCGAAUAUGCCAUUAACUUCAUCAGGGCCACAAGGGUGAUAAAGGAGACAUUGCCAGGAGCCAGGGUGAGCGGAGGUCUCUCUAACCUGUCGUUCUCCUUCAGAGGAAUGGAGGCCAUUAGAGUGGCCAUGCAUGGGGCAUUUUUAUACCAUGCAAUCAAGGAUGGUUUGGACAUGGGCAUAGUAAAUGCAGGUAACUUGCCUGUGUAUGACGACAUUGACAAGGAGCUGUUAACGCUAUGUGAGAACCUCAUCUGGAACAGAACUGCUGAUGCUACUGAGAGACUUCUGGCCUACGCUCAGAACCUUACAAAAGAAGGGAAGAGGGCGGUCCAGACAGAUGAGUGGAGGGUUGGAACAGUGGAGGAGAGGUUGGGGUAUGCCCUCAUCAAGGGCAUAGAUAAAUAUGUGGUCGGCGACACAGAGGAGUGUUUGUCCCUGCUGGACCGGUACCCCCGCCCACUCCAUGUCAUUGAGGGCCCACUGAUGAACAGCAUGAAGGUGGUGGGAGAUCUGUUUGCUGCUGGGAAGAUGUUCCUGCCACAGGUGAUCAAGUCAGCUCGUGUGAUGAAGAAGGCAGUCGGCUUUCUGGUUCCUUUCAUGGAGAAGGAAAGAGAGGAGAUGAUCAGAGCUUCAGGAUCAAUCAAAGAAACAGAUCCAUAUCAAGGCACUAUUGUGUUGGCAACUGUGAAGGGAGAUGUUCAUGAUAUUGGCAAAAAUAUUGUUGGGGUGGUGCUGGGCUGCAACAACUUCAGAGUGAUAGAUCUGGGUGUGAUGAUUCCCUGCGAAAAGAUACUGAGAGAAGCCAUCAAACACAAAGCAGAUAUUAUUGGUCUCUCUGGUCUUGUUACCCCCUCCCUGGAUGAGAUGAUCUAUGUUGCCAAAGAAAUGGAGAGGCUUGGAAUGAAGACCCCAUUACUCAUUGGAGGAGCCACCACAUCGAAGACCCACACAGCAGUGAAGAUCGCACCUCGUUACAGCUGUCCUGUUGUUCAUGUUCUUGACGCCUCUAGAAGUGUGGUUGUGUGCUCCCAGCUGUUGGAUGAGGAACUGCUAGAUGACUAUUUUGAGGAACUGACUGAAGAGUAUGAAGAGAUCAGAAAGGACCACUAUGACUCUUUUAAGGACUGCCGGUACCUGUCUCUGUCCAAGGCCAGGGAACGGGCUCUGCAUAUAGACUGGCUUUCACUACCCAGACCAGUGCGUCCUCAGUUCCUGGGCACCCAUGUUUUGGAGUCGUAUGACUUGCAUAGCUUGGUAGAGUACAUUGACUGGAAGCCUUUCUUUGACAUCUGGCAACUAAGGGGCAAGUACCCCAACAGGGGAUAUCCCAAGAUCUUCAAGGACCACAUUGUUGGUACAGAAGCUAGGCGUGUGUUUGAUGAUGCCCACCGACUCCUUAACCGUUUGAUUGACAGCCAAGGUCUGCAAGGGAGGGGCCUGGUUGGAUUCUGGCCUGCGCAGAGUGUUGGGGAUGACAUACAUGUGUACGCCGAUGGUUUCACACCACAGAGCAACACUCAGCCGAUAGCUAAGUUCCAUGGUCUACGGCAACAGGUAGAGAAGCACGUGGGGAGUUCAGACCCCUACCGAUGCCUGUCUGACUUUGUGGCUCCCAGAAACAGCGGUAUUGCAGAUUAUAUUGGAGUGUUUGCUGUUGCAGUGUUUGGAGCUGAGGAGCUCAGUAUGCAGUUCAAGAUCCAAGGAGACGAUUACAAUAGUAUAAUGGUCAAAGCCCUGGCUGACAGAUUGGCUGAGGCGUUUGCAGAGCAGCUACAUGCCCGUGUUCGCAAGGACCUGUGGGGCUACAGCAGUGAUGAGGGUGUAGAAAAUGCUUCAGACCUCCACGGGGUUCGCUAUCAGGGCAUCAGGCCUGCAGCAGGCUACCCAAGCCAGCCUGACCACACAGAAAAGAACACUUUAUGGACCCUGGCUGGUGUACUGGACAAGACAGGUAUUGGUCUGACUGAGUCUCUGGCCAUGACCCCAGCUGCGUCAGUGUGUGGUCUCUACUUGUCCCACCCCCAGGCCUCCUACUUUGCUGUUGGCAGGAUUACAAAGGAGCAGGUGGAGGACUAUGCAGGAAGGAAGGAGAUGAGUGUGUCCGAGGUGGAGCGAUGGCUGGAGCCCAUACUGGGAUACGAUACUGAUGUAUAAGGACAGCCUAACUAUCCCACCAGCUCAAA